AUGGCAGCGCCUCUCUCCGCCGCACUGUACCGUGUCAACGCUUGUCAACUUUGUACAGAGAUAAUCCGCACCUCCAAGCUAUUUUAUCAUUUUAGAAGCUUAUCAAAUACAUAUAAACGUUUAUAUAAAUUACGCUUGGGUCCUGUAAAAGUUAUUAUAGUUCACCAUCCAGAGGAUGUCGAGGCGGUUAUACAGGGAACAAAAUAUAAUUCGAAAGGCUAUUUAUACAGCUUUAUAGAACCUUGGUUAAAAGAUGGCUUACUGCUAAGCAAAGGUAAAAAGUGGCAUUCACGAAGAAAAAUGAUAACACCUGCAUUUCAUUUUAACAUUUUGAAUAACUUCAAACCAGUCAUAGAAAGGAAUGCGGCUAAUCUAUUAAAAGACAUUCAAAAUGAAAUUUGUAAACCUGAAACAGAUAUUUCACCUCUUAUUAAUAAUUUUGCUAUUAAUUCUAUAUGUGAAACAGCCAUGGGUACUGCAUUAGAUGAACAAAGUAAUAGCUUCUCAAAAAAAUACAAAGAUAGCAUUUAUAAAUUAGGUCAAUACGCCGUGUACAGAGCACAGAGAAUAUGGAUGUAUCCAAAUUUUAUAUUUAACUUAACAAGCGUUGGUCGAAAACAAAAAGAAAUACUAAAAAUUCUCACCUCAUUUCGGAAAAAAGUCGUCGAGAAAAGAAGAGAAUAUGGUAUAAAACUACAAAUAGAACAAGACCAAAUAUUAAGCGAUGAUAUUUAUAACACUAAAGAUGAAAAGAAGAGAAUGGUAUUAUUAGACAUAUUGUUACAAGCGGAAAAGAAUGGUUUCAUUGAUGAUAAAGGAGUCGGGGAAGAAGUCGACACAUUUAUGUUUGGGGGCCACGACACAACUGCAAUUGCUUUGAAAUUUACAUUGAUGUUACUUGCAAAUCAUCAAGAAGCUCAGGAUAAAAUCAUAGAAGAGUACAAAUCAAUAUUAAAUUCGAUGACCUGCCCUGUAACGAUAGGGGACUUAUCGCAAAUGAAAUAUUUGGAAUGCUGUAUAAAAGAGAGUCUGCGAUUAUAUCCGCCCCUUCCAACCAUCACGAGAAAUAUUGACCAAACAUUAAAACUGAGUGAUUACGAGGUGCCAUCGGGAACGGAGUGCGUCAUAUUGAUUUACGAUCUGCACAGGCGGAGUGAUCAGUUCGAUGAGCCCCUGGAAUUCAGACCUGAACGAUUUCAAAAGGAACCCACCUGGCACCCCUAUGCCUAUAUUCCAUUCAGUGCUGGACCGAGGAAUUGUAUAGGUCAAAAGUUUGCAAUGAUGGAAUUGAAAUUGGCACUUCUUUAUGUGCUUCGUCGCUUCCGGAUCGUCCCUGUAACGACACCACGUGAUAUCAUUUUAAUAACAGAUUAUGUAUUGCGCGUUAAACAACCAAUCUAUGUCAAAUUCCAUGAAAGAUUUCCUGAUAAUGUUGAAAUACCGGGACCACCCGGAUUGUUUUUGUUGGAAAAUUCUUUGGACUUUCUAAUGGACUCUGAGCGAACUUUUCGAUACUUUACUAUGCUUUCAAAUAAAUAUAAAAAACUGUUUAAGCUGAGAGUAGGCCCGAAGAAAAUUGUUAUUUUAUAUAAUCCCGAGGACGUUGAAGCUCUAAUAUCUGGAAUGAAAUAUAAUAAGAAAGGUUUUCUAUAUGGAUUUAUACAGCCAUGGCUUCAAAGUGGUUUGUUGCUCAGCGACGGAGAAAAAUGGCAUCAACGUAGAAAGAUAUUAACGCCAGCAUUUCAUUUCAAUAUUCUGCGUAAUUUUAAUAUUAUUCUAAUGGAAAAUGCAGCGAAACUUUUGCUGCGAAUCGAAGCGGAAACCGAUAAAACGCAGUCGGAUAUUAUGGAUAUAGUUACAGAUUUUACUUUAAAGUCUAUUUGUGAAACCGCAAUGGGAACAAAACUAGACCAAGAAACUUCUGCAUUCGGUAAAAAAUACAAAUAUGCUAUCCACGAACUGGGUAAAAUAGUAGUACACAGAGCUCAAAGGAUAUGGAUAUAUCCAAGUUUGUUAUUUAAUUUGACUCGAGUGGGAAAAAGCCAGGAAAAAUUUUUGAAGAUGAUUAGUUCUUUCCGAGACAAAGUAGUUAAACAGCGCAGAGAGAGCUCAAACUUCGAAAAAGACAUACAUUUAAUAACAACUGAUGGAAACAACGACGAAUAUGUUAUUUACGGAAAGAAACGAUUGGCAAUGCUUGACUUGUUAUUGGAGGCGGAGAAAAAAGGAAUUAUUAAUGAAGCCGGAGUAAAUGAAGAGGUGGACACUUUUAUGUUUGAGGGACACGACACUACAGCAUCUGCCCUUCAGUUUGCUUUUAUGAUUUUGGCGAACCAUCAACAUAUCCAGGAUAAAAUUUUUGAAGAAAUCAAUCAAGUAUUAGAUCCUUCGACAGACAUUCCUACAAUGAAUGAUCUCACUCAGAUGAAAUAUUUGGAAUGUUGCAUUAAAGAGAGCUUAAGAAUGUACCCGCCAGUUUUCUUUAUAUCUAGAAGAAGCGAGGAGCCCAUUAAGUUAAGCAACUAUGAAUGUCCAGCUGGAACGGACUUUACAAUACUCAUCCGUGAAUUACAUCUGAACGGCGAUCAAUUUGUGGCGCCAUUAGUGUAUAGACCCGAAAGGUUUUUGGAGGAACCAACCUGGCAUCAAUAUGGUUACAUACCAUUUAGUGCUGGACCCAGAAAUUGUAUAGGGCAAAAAUUCGCUAUGAUGGAGAUGAAAUUAGCUUUAUCAACAGUGUUACGACGCUACAGGGUUUUGCCUGUAACAAAACCACAGGAUAUAUCAAUCAUCACUGAUUUCAUAUUACGUUCAAAGGAUCCCAUCUAUGUCAAGUUCGAGAAAAGACGGACAUUAAAAAUGUUGUUACUGUAUUUAGUUAUAUUUAUUGUGUUUUUGUAUUUUGUUGAUUAUAAAUUAAAUCACAAUGAAAUUGCUAAAAUUAUUAAAAAAAUACCUGGUGCUAAGGAUACUUUUCUUGUGGGUAACGCACUGGAUUUUAUAAUUACAUCUCCUGUGCAUUUAUUUCAGUUGGCAAGGACAUGGGCGGCAAAUUUUAACGGAAUUUACCGAUUUUACGCUUUUAAAAUUGCCGCAGUCUCUAUUUAUAAUCCUGAGGAUGUUGAGGUUGUAACAUGUAGUAUGAAACAUCACGAAAAAAGUAUUAUAUAUAAAUUUUUGAAACCCUGGCUUAAAGAUGGUUUGUUGGUAAGUAAAGGGGCGAAGUGGCAGGAGCGUAGAAAAAUAUUAACUACAGCAUUUCAUUUUCACGUGCUACGUAAAUACUUUCCUAUUCUUGAACAUAACAGUCAGAAACUCAUCACAACUUUAGAAAGAGCGGAGGGAAAGGCUAUCGACGUAGUACCUCUGCUUUCAGAAUAUACCCUCGAAUCCAUUUGUGAAACUGCUAUGGGAGUACAGCUUGAUAAAGAUGAACCCGAUGUUGGCAGUACAUAUAAAAGCGCAGUUUAUGAUACUAUAAAUUUAUUAAUAAACCGUUUUGUAUCACUUCAUCUUUACUCGGAUUUUAUUUAUAAUUUAACUCCAGAUGGAAUUAAACAAUUACGUUUUAUAUCGAUCAUACAUAACUUUAGUAAAAAAGUAAUUAGUAAGAGAAAGGAAUACAUGAAAAACAAAAAUAUUGAAGAAUAUAAUGACAACGGAGACAGCUCAGAUGAACUCUACGACAAGAAAAAGAAAAAGGCAGCAAUGUUGGAUUUAUUAAUUUCAGCAGAAAACGAAGGAUUGAUAGACGACCUCGGUAUACAAGAAGAAGUUGAUACCUUCAUGUUUGAAGGGCAUGAUACAACUGCUGCUGGUUUGACCUUCUGUUUAUUAGCACUGGCUGAUAAUCCUAUAAUACAAGAUCGGGUCGUAGAGGAAUUAAAAGGCAUAUUUAAUGACAGUAGUCGAGCGGCCACUUCAGAUGACAUGGCUAUGAUGACAUAUCUAGAAAUGUGCAUAAAAGAAGCACUUAGAUUGUUUCCCCCGGUUCCCUUCAUUAGUCGCAGUUUGACUGAAACAGCGAAAUUAAGCAAUUACACCGUGCCUCAAGGAACAAUGUGUCACAUACAUAUAUUCGAUCUUCACCGCCAAGAGAGCCUCUACAAAGAUGCUCUGAAAUUUGAUCCUGAUAGAUUUUUACCAGAAAAUUGCGCUAAACGUCACAAUUACGCCUACAUUCCUUUUAGCGCUGGUCCGAGAAAUUGUAUCGGUCAAAAGUUUGCAAUGAUGGAAUUGAAAUCGGCGCUGUCCGCAAUACUAAGGAACUUUAGAGUUGUAUCAGUGACUACGAUCAAGGAUCUAGAGUUUUCAGCUGAUUUAGUGUUAAGAAAUUCCAAACCUGUGUACCUGAAGUUUAUCAAAAUAUCACGAUAGUUCAAGAA